AUGUCGCUAUCAGCAGCAAUCGACGCGGAGGCUAAGGAGCUGCGACGCGAUUUCGAGCAGAGCACCACGCGCAGGAAGUCGGCCUUGCCCCCACUCCCACCUCCUCCUCCAGGCUCCAUCGUCACUCCCACGAGUCCUGUCUUAGCCCACCGCACCAUGCCUGGUGCCCGCGGAAAGCCUGCAUUCCCUGGCGACUUGGGUCCCGGUGACCCACGACGUAGCAACAGACUGCCCGGCGAUCUUGGCCCAGGAGACCCAAGACACAGCUCCAACAGAUCCGCAAACUCAGACGGCACCCGUUCAGCAGCUCGCAGUCUGAGUCCCACCCGCAGCAGCCUCAAUACCCUGCACCCGAACGACAAGUCUCCCUCGCAUCGCAGAUUGUCAGACGCUGGCUCCAUCCGUCCUCAGCUUGGGAACGGAGGCGCGCGCCUGCAAAAAGACUACGACAACGAGUCAGCCAGCAGCGACGAAGAAAGCAGCGAUGAACAAGACACCGACCACGAAUCCUCCAGAGGCAGAGUUCGCGCAAGAGUUGGCAAUGCUGUCGGCGCCAGUCAAGACAGCGACAACGAUGAACCUUCGCCUCCUCUGAACGCAGAUCCCACCAUCACUGUCACUCCGCCGGCGACAGAUCAACCCUCCAACCAGUCCCGAAAGCCCGACGUCCAUCCUAGCACCGCCUUCGACUUUGCUGCAUCAUCAACCUCUACCCCUGUACAUUCCGACGACGAAGAACAUCUCUCCGACUUGCGCCGUGCCCAGCGUCUCGCCCUCAACAUCUCUCCCAUUCACAGCACCCCUUCGGCUCAUCGCGUCAUUCGUCAGAUCAUCCGUGGUGACUACCUCUACUUUCAGCGUCAAGCUGAAGAAGGCCGUAGGAGGCAAAGAGUUUACCUUGUCGCUACCGAUCUGUCUGCCGAAGCCGAGUAUGCCCUUGAAUGGACCAUCGGCACUGUUUUGCGCGAUGGCGAUACCCUGCUGGCAGUCUAUGCAGUCGACGAGGAAUCUGGUACUGGUGGAGCUUCCGAGGGUGUCGAGAUUGGACACGGUGCCGACGUCGUCAAGGAUACAGCUACUAUCGUACGCAGCAUGACUGCAGAGAGUAUGACUCCCGCAACCCUGCCGCGCGACAGCAGCACCGCAAGGAUGGCCUUCACCGAGAGGAAGGACAUGCCCAAGGCCGAGCAGGACCGUUUCCGUGCCGCUGAGGACAUCAGUCAGCGUUGUGUAAAGCUGCUCCGCAAGACUAGACUUCAGGUUCGUGUCGUGGUUGAGGUCUUCCACUGCAAGAGUCCUAGACAUAUGAUCACCGAAGUGAUUGACUUCCUAUCCCCCACGCUUACCAUUCUUGGGUCAAGGGGCCGGUCCCAACUGAAAGGUGUUUUGCUCGGCUCGUUCAGCAACUACCUCGUUACUAAGUCCAGCGUGCCAGUCAUGGUUGCCAGAAAACGACUUAGGAAACACUCCAAACAACGCCUCCACAAGGAUGGACUUCCCGUGGCCCAAGCUGGUGAUGGAAGAAUGCGCUACAUCAGAAUGUCCAACGUUCUGGAGGCACCCGGUACCAAGCCCAGAGCUAGAGGCCUUGCUGGAGCCAAGAUCGAUUGA